GUCACCCCUUGGCCAUCUAGCUUGACCCCCACCUGAACACGACCAUGUUUGUAACCAGGAGGACGUUACAGGGAUUCUUCAUGAUACACUCCACCCAAAAGGAAAAGUACUAGCAAAAAGUCAGGAAAGCCAAACAUGCAAACUCUGAUCAAUGGACGCACCAAGGAAGAAACCACCAAGGAGCAGAUAGAAGAGUACAUUGCUCACCUUCAGGAAGAGCUGGACAGGGAGAUGGAAGAGAGAAACUACUUUCAGCUGGAGAGGGAUCAAGUUCACACGUUUGGGAAAAUCACUGCCAAAAAACUGGAGGAGGUGUUGGCUGAGGAGAAAAUCCUGGAGAAGGGGUUGGAGGAGGACGAGGAGCACCACCUCAUAGAGAUCAAAGUGUACAAGCAGAAAAUAAAGCAUCUCCUCUGUGAACAUCAAAGCACAAUCUCCGAGCUGAAGGAGGAGGGUUUGGUCUCCAUCAAGAAGCUUCAGAAAGAGCUGGAUCAGCUGGAGAUGGAGUUUCAUAAGAAAAUCAAAGCUGGUAUGGUAGACAUACAGGAGCUCAACAAUGACGACUUUGAAAGACAACGGCUACUGUUACAGGAUGAGGUUACUAAAACAAGGAGCAACUGGGAGCAGCAAGUCACAGAAACCGCUGCAAAAUAUGAAGAAUGUCUUAAGCUGUUCCAAGAAGAGUUGGAAAAUACUGAAACAAGUUUGGUCAUGAAUUGUGAACUGGAACGAGACACCCACAUUGUGGCUUUCCAAGAGGAAAUGAGGGAAGUCUUCAACAGCAUUCAGGAAGUCAAUAUUUUAAUGGAGCAGAAUAGAGAGAUAAUAAAUGAAAUCCAGAACAAAAUUUUACAAGAGAAGGAAAUUCAAGUUUAUGAUAUCCCCAAAGUUCAGAAGACCAACAUUAAGAAGAAAGCAGAUUUCCACUUGAAAAAUAAGCAAUCUAUCAAAAUUCCUGAAACAAAGACCGUUGAGGACCUGAAAUUAGAAAAUGAAGCACUAGAACAAAAAUUCAACGGGCUUCAACUGGAAAAGGCAAAGUUGUACAAUUCAGUGACUCCAAAUAUUGAGAGAACCCGUGAAAAAGUGGGUUUGAGGAGCGCACAGCUCAGGAGGAAGCUGCAGGACCUGACGGACAGUCUGGCAAGGUCACAGACUCAGCUCUUCACUGUUCUCUCAGACCCAAACAUGGACCACAAUGUUCUCAGUGAAAUUGCAAACAAAAGUGAGGAAAAUUUGGACAGAAGAAAAUCUGCCAUUAGGAACAUUGCAUACAAAAAGAAUGAGAUCUUGAAGGCCCGAAGUCAUCUGCUGCUGACCGGUGAAGAAAACCCGAUGUUUAAGUCUCAUAGAUAAGAUUCUGUUAGAUCUCUUAUUUGGAAAGCAGAACCUGGAUUUCUGGAAGUGAAAUGACAAAUCUCACGUCUGAAUUAAAAGAAAAUUGUAAUGUCUUUAUGAUUUUACAGAGUGGACUCAUAAAAAAUAUAAGUUUGCUUCAUAACAAAUUAUAGUAUAAGAAUGGAUUUGCUGCAAUUUAAAUCUAAAGUAAUGAUCCAUUAAAACAGACAACACAUGUAAGUUUAUCUUUGUGGCUUUACUGUCCUCUACAGGCUACGUACAAUAACUGCAACCGCUCAGCUUCAAGCCUUUAAAGUAAAAUCAAAAUCUCAAAUUUAAAGAUUAAAAAAACAAACUAAUGGUUGUAUCCAUGUUUUAAAACCGAUGUGAAUCAGGAACCUCUUGAACUUAAAAAUAAAUCUUUCAAGGGUCUUGAUUUUGCCCUUUUCUUUUAAAUUAAUUACUUUUACUUCAAAAUAAUUCAUAGUUUCAUUUAUAGUUAACAUUUUCUCUGUAGCAAAGAAAAAAAAUGCUUCAAAAUAAAUGUUUUAUUAAUCAUUAUCUGUAUAGAAUUGAAGUUUUGUUGACAUAUCUGCACCGCUGAAGCUACAUUGUGAUUACCGUAAUUGUAUUUAAUACCAUGUUACAGAUGUUUAGCAUCUGCUUUGGCACACUGUUGUGCAAAAAGGAUGGAGAAAAUAACCAGAACAAUUUGAUUCAUUGAAAACUAAAAGAAAAACAAGAAUUUGGGCCUGUUA